GCUGUGUCUGGUCCCUGGGCUGGGCCCUGGGACGGCCAGACAUGGCUGUUAUCAUCUUGUCUGCAGCGGCUCCCAGGCUGGAAGAGAGAAUAGGGUGAAGACACCCCCUCAGAUGAACACCAUGCCUGGCGGUGGAGCCCGUGGACACUUGGAGCUGACCGGCCGUAGCUGUGAGCAGGAGGCCACAGUGUGGCAGGGAAGCGUCAUGGCCGGCGUGCAGCUCUUCCUGGCGGCUCUCCUCCUGCUGCCUGUGGCUGCAGCCAUGCACUCCGACUGCAUCUUCAAGAAAGAGCAAGCCAUAUGCCUAGAGAAGAUACAGAGGGCCAAUGACCUGCUGGGCUUGAACGAGUCCUCCCCAGGCUGCCCUGGGAUGUGGGACAACAUCACGUGUUGGAAGCCUGCCCACGUGGGUGAGAUGGUCCUCGUCAGCUGCCCUGAGCUCUUCCGAAUCUUCAACCCAGACCAAGUCUGGGAGAGCGAAACCAUCGGGGAGUUGGAUUCUGCUGACCGUAGCUCCUUGGAUCUCUCGGACAUGGGAGUGGUGAGCCGGAACUGCACAGAGGACGGCUGGUCGGAGCCCUUCCCUCACUACUUUGAUGCUUGUGGCUUCGAUGAAUAUGAGUAUGAGAACGGGGACCAGGACUAUUACUACCUGUCGGUGAAGGCCCUCUACACGGUUGGCUACAGUACAUCCCUUGUCACCCUCACCACUGCCAUGGUCAUCCUCUGUCGCUUCCGGAAGCUGCACUGCACUCGCAACUUCAUCCACAUGAACCUGUUCGUGUCGUUCAUGCUGAGGGCCAUCUCGGUCUUCAUCAAGGACUGGAUCCUGUACGCAGAGCAGGACAGCAACCACUGCUCCAUCUCCACCGUGGAGUGCAAGGCUGUCAUGGUGUUUUUCCACUACUGCGUUGUGUCCAACUACUUCUGGCUGUUCAUUGAGGGCCUGUACCUCUUCACCCUGCUGGUGGAGACCUUCUUCCCCGAGAGGAGAUACUUCUACUGGUACACCAUCAUUGGCUGGGGGACCCCGACUGUGUGUGUGACAGUGUGGGCGACGCUGAGGCUCUACUUCGAUGACACAGGCUGCUGGGAAAUGAACGAUAGCACAGCUCUGUGGUGGGUGAUCAAAGGCCCCGUGGUUGGCUCUAUAAUGGUUAACUUUGUGCUUUUCAUUGGCAUCAUCGUCAUCCUUGUGCAGAAACUUCAGUCUCCAGACAUGGGAGGCAAUGAGUCCAGCAUCUACUUCAGCUGCGUGCAGAAAUGCUACUGCAAGCCACAGCGGGCUCAGCAGCACUCUUGCAAGAUGUCAGAACUGUCCACCAUUACUCUACGGCUAGCUCGGUCCACCCUGCUUCUCAUCCCGCUCUUUGGAAUCCACUACACGGUAUUCGCCUUCUCCCCGGAGAACGUCAGCAAGCGAGAAAGACUCGUGUUUGAGCUGGGGCUGGGCUCCUUCCAGGGCUUCGUGGUAGCGGUUCUCUACUGCUUUCUGAAUGGGGAGGUGCAGGCAGAGAUCAAGCGGAAAUGGCGGAGCUGGAAGGUGAACCGAUACUUCGCUGUGGACUUCAAGCACCGGCACCCGUCCCUGGCCAGCAGCGGGGUGAACGGGGGCACCCAGCUCUCCAUCCUGAGCAAGAGCAGCUCCCAGAUCCGCAUGUCCGGCCUCCCGGCUGACAACCUAGCCACCUGAGCCCGCCUGUCCUCCUCUC